AUGCCGGGACAAAAAUUGAAAUUUGUGACGGUUGGCAAUAUAUCUCGUCGAAAAUAUUUAGUUGAAGAAAAACAACAAUCAGAAGAAUAUCUAAUAAGAACAGUCGUGUUUUAUGUUAAAGAUUUUGCUUAUGAAACGUCACAAAUACUCUACAAAGUUUUAUUAAAUCAUGUGAGUAGUUUAUUGCAAACAAUUGAUGUUUAUCAAAUUAUACAAAUACAAACAAUUAAUAAUACUAAAAGUUAUUCUAUUGUUAUUGGAUAA